AUUGUCAAAAAACGCAGCAAAAUGGAAGAACAGGGCCUGCACUUUAGCGACUUGCAGGGGAAAGCCGCAGGUUCCAAAAUUCUUCGAACUGGAAAGCAAGUGGUAAAGAUAACUGUGCCGGAGGGAAAGCAGAGCACCGCUUACGACAACUAUCUAAAUUCGUUUAUCAAACUGGAGGACAGGCGGUAUCUCCCGAACGAUACUGUGAUACACCAACUAGUUCCCUUGAGGACCAAAGUGGGGACCGUUGUGAUGACUCCCGACCAGUUUAACGAAGUGCACUUUUCUCCCCUAGGAACGUUCUUCUAUUUCAGCGAGCACAAUGUCGCUAACGACCCGUUGACCACGGCUCUAGCAGAGCGCGAAAAGCUAAACGCUACUAAAACACUCUCGACCAUCAUUUUUGUAAGCACCCGUGACUCAAAAGGGUUCAGUGUGUCUGGCUAUAUCGACUUGGAACAGAGCUUACGCAGCUUUAAGACCGCUGGGGUCAAGUCUCAUCCUUGGGCGGAUAUUUUCGCAGGUCGUCGGCGCCUGGAACCAAACAAUCAGGAUCUGAGCUUCAUCACCUGGGGCAAUGGCAGGGUAUUUUACAACGAAUCAGAUAACUACAAGGUUAUCCCGGACGCUGUCAAAGGCCUGUGCUUCUUGUACAAGGGCGAUGGCUCUUUGCUCAUGAUAGAAAAAUUUAUAACCGACGAGCAUCCGUUGUGCACUUUUAUAGAGUCGCCCAAGCACGGAUCGGUUGUCAUAUACGAUCAUCGCAUUCGACGGAAAAUGUGAUUGAUAUAUUGGGUACUCAAAGUGGAUAUUUGUUGGCCGAGAUUUUUUGUUAAUCUGGAAACAUAAAAGGCUUCUUCAUUGGGAUUUAAAUUUAUGUUGCCGCCAAUAAUAAAAGAUCAUUCGGCCGUUUCA